AACAAAAGGCUCAGAGGAGUUUUAACCGAGGCAGCUGUGAGAGAAGGCAGCAGUCCCACUCAUUCCUUCAACAUGAAUCCUGCUCUGGUAGUGUUGGUGUGGUCACUGCUGGUCACAGUCGCAGCUCAGUCUCACGACCAUCAUGACAUGGGCUGGAUCAACCAAUACCGCCAGGGCUUCAACUUCCAGUGCCCGCAUGGAGAAGUCCUCGUGGCCAUCAGGAGCUACUUCAGCGAGGAGGAAGGCAACGACCGCCUGUGGAGCUUUGAGUGCCAGUCUACACCUGAGGGUCUGGGGGUGCCCACUGACUGCUGGUGGGAUGACAUCAACCGCGCUGGGUUGGAGUGGACUUCAAGUUGUACCCGUAACGGCCUGGUAGCGGGGGUACAAAGCAAGUACUUUGAAUCAGUUCUCGACCGGGAGUGGCAGUUCUACUGCUGCUAUUACAAACGACGCUGUCCUUACUCCUGCAUGUUGACCAGUGAUGUUCCUGAACACUACAGAGAAGAGGCAGAGAUGGUGAUUCCAUUUUACGGCUACUUCAUCCGAGGUGCCCAGACCACCUUCAGUGGGGUCCUGAGAGAUCGGCAAUGGAAGUACACCCUGUGCAGGAUGACAGAAUUUGACUGUGAAUUUGAGAAUUUAUAGAUUGGUAUGCAUGUUUCCUUAAUCAUAAACAGUUACAAAAACAUAUUUACUCGAACCUAUAAGCAAACACAUACCACUGGUAUUACACAGAACUGCUCUAGUUCCUGUUUUUUAGUCAAGCAUGAAAAAUGACUGCUCAUAUCGAAGGUAACUGAGGAUUGAAGAGUUUUUUUCUUUAGUAGCUUUGGCAACACGUGAAAGAGGUUUUUACUAAACAAACUCAAUUACUUGAUGAUGGGAACUAUGCUGGGCUGUACUGCAAGACCUCUUGUUGAUGAUCAUAAAAGAAAUAAAAGUAUUCAGAGA